AUGGAUUCGAAGGAAGAGGAGAUUGUGAGGAAGAGAGGAGCGAAGAAAAGAAGAGGAAUUCCUGACUCAUCGGCUGAUGAGCAGAAGGUGAUGGAGAAAGAAGACGAGACUCUCAUCAGGAGGAAAGGAGGGAAGAAGAGACGGACCAUCCUGACCUCAGCAGAUGAAGAGAAGGAGACACCCAAGAGGAGCAAGAAGAGGAAGAACAGAAGAACAUCCGGCUCCUCCAAGAAGACGUCUCCUAAGGACCAGCUCAUGCAAGUGAAAGAAGAUGUGACUAAAGAGCCCAAAUGUGCCAAGAAGAGAAAACGCAUCCUCAUCUCUUCAAAAGGAGCAAAGAAGUCCCUGAUCAAGAAGAAGGACGACACCGUGAAGACAGAAGACCGGCAGGAGGACCAGAGAGUCUCAGUCGAGGACAGUGGUGUUCGGCCAACCUGCUCUAGAAGCACAAUCUCCGAGAACAUCAGGGAGACACUAAUAUUCCAUCGUGUGCUCGGGCAGGGAAGUUAUGGAAAGGUCGUCUUGGCUGAGGAUACUUCUAACCAUCAGAAGUAUGCUGUUAAGAUCAUCAGCAAAAGAGACAUGCUUGCCGACUGUGAUGAGGCGGAUGUGUUGGUGGAGCACCGCGUGUUACAGCUGGCAUCUGGGAGCCCCUUCCUUGUCCACGCGGCCUUUGCAUUUCAGACCAAGAUGCUUUUUCUACUUGGGCUGGAAUACUUGAGCUGCGGGGACUUUGAUCAAUUGCUGAGGAUAAAGGGGCGGCUUGACAUCCCCAGUGCAAGAUUCUAUGCCGCUGAGCUCGUGUGUGGAAUCCAAUUUCUCCAUUCGAAGGGAAUCAUCCACAGAGACCUCAAGCCCGAGAACAUCCUGGUGGCUGAGACGGGCCAUAUUAAGAUCACGGAUUUCGGUCUCGCACUUGACAACAUGCUUGGAGACCGCACAGCCACCGAAUAUGCUGGGACAAAGGGCUAUGUGGCUCCUGAGAUGCUGGCUAAGAAGGAGUAUGGCGUCGGAGUGGACUGGUAUUCAUUUGGUGUCAUCUUAAAAGAAAUGAUCACCAGUCAGCGCACUUACCAUCCUGCACGCUCCGGCGCUAAAGACAUCAUUAAAAAGCUCCUCCAGAGAGAUCCUGCCAAGCGCUUAGGAGUCCACGGGAACAUCCGAGGCCAUCAUUUCUUCCAGCAUAUUGACUGGGUCUCAGUGGAAGCCCUUCGGAUGACUCCACCACACAUCCCUGUACCAUCUACACCUCAACGCCGUGCCAGUCAAUUCAUCCUGGGCACAAUGGAGGCAGCAGCGGCCAAGAAGGGACCUUUACCAUCUAAACAUCAGGCCAUUUUCAGAAGGUUUUCAUUUGUCACCUGGUAA